CGUCGGCGUGCCUCAGAGCGCGUGCCCGUACUGCCCCAUCGCGUGGUCUUCCUUGGCUUCCAUAUUGCAGCGGUAUAACCUCGGGAGGGCCGCCCGGUGACUGAGCAGAACCAGCGCCCGCCGUCCAGGCCGCAGCCCUUCGCGUGCAGAGAGAGAGACAGACAGACGAGAGAGCCAGCCCGGGGUGGUGGGACAUGGCCACUCAGGUAGAGGCUCCGCUCAUGCCGCCGCCCCUGCAGCAGCCAGCGGCGGCACCGGACUCAGACGAGGGCAAGCAGGAGCUGGCACCGGAGGGCGACGAAGGGCUGGGGCGCAGGGAGUUUGUGGAAGCUCCCCCGCCUAAGGUGAACCCCUGGAUCAAGAGCAGCGGGGUGAAUGGACAACACUCGGCAGACCCUCCAAUCCCUGCCAAGGUGGUGAAGGCCGGUAUUCCCCGAACAAGACGAGGCAGCAAGGUUGGGGAUUUUGGUGAUGCCACCAAUUGGCCGACCCCUGGAGAGAUUGCCCAUAAAAGCACGCCGCCGCCUCAAAAACUACAACCAUCCAGAAAGUCUUUUGGGAAGAAGGAAAUGAAGGAAGAAAGUGCAGAUGGGAAGGAGAACCAAAGAGUGAAGUCAGAUGAGUCUAGUGAGGAGAAGAAUGGGGACGACGAUGGACAGAGAUCGACUCAUAAAAAGAAAGGAAAUAAACACAAGUGGGUUCCCCUGCAAAUUGAAAUGAAACCUGAGGGGCAGCGAGACAAAACCACCUCGAGGAACAAUCGCCAGAAUGAACAGCAGCGUCACUCUUUGAAUCGGAGCGACCCCAAAGCUUGGUAUUCGGAUAGCAAACAAGAGAGGGAGUGGCCGGAUUAUGAUGACACCUCUAGCGUGAAAAGCGAAGGUGCUGUCCGUGGUGGUUUCAGAGGACGUGGUCGAGGACGGGGCAGAGGGAGAGGACGCGGCCGAGGGGGCAUGCGCUCUCACUUUGAUUACCAGUAUGGGUACAGGAAGUUCGAUGGUACAGAUGGUCCUCGAAGUGCGAAAUAUCCCACUAAUAUUACUUACUACUAUGACAACAUGAGCAGCUCAGAUCUGUACAGUGUGGAUCAGGAGCUACUGAUGGAUUACAUCAAGAGGCAGAUAGAAUAUUACUUCAGUGUGGACAACCUGGAGAGAGACUUUUACCUGCGUAAAAGAAUGGAUUCUGAUGGUUUCCUGCCUAUAGAGUUAAUAGCCACCUUCCAUAGAGUGCAAGCUCUUACCACUGACGUUGGGUUGAUAGUCAAAGCAUUAAAAGACAGCAAAGUGGUAGAGGUAAUUGAUGCGAAAGUUCGUACAAAGGAGCAGCCUAAUAUCUGGCCUCUAGGCAUUCCAGCAGAUGCUUCUCAGACAGACUUUUCCCAACUUAUCAACUGUCCAGAGUUCGUACCCCGGCAAGGAUCUCAGAAGGAGACAGAAUCAGCCCCUGGAUCACCGAGAUCCUCCAGCCCCGCUAUGCCCUCAAAGUCCGAGGCGGUUAGUAACCUGAAGACUAUGCCAAAGGGGCUGUCGGCAAGUUUGCCAGACCUGGACUCUGAGAGCUGGAUAGAAGUCAAGAAGAGGCCACGACCUUCUCCAGCCAGGAUAAAGAAGCCAGAGGACGUGAAGUCCCCACAGCAAGCGAUGGCCCCUGCGGUGACCCCUCAGAAACCCUCAAAGGACCAGGACGAGCCAGAGGAGCUGGACUUCAUGUUCGAUGAGGAGAUGGAGCAGAUGGACGGCCGCAAGAACACCUUCACUGACUGGUCAGACGAGGACUCGGACUUUGAGAUCGAUGACCGGGAUGUAAACAAAAUCCUCAUAGUCACACAGACCCCACCGUCCCUGCGCAAGCACCCUGGAGGAGACCGCACAGGAAACCACACGUCCCGGGCCAAGAUGAGCUCUGAAUGGGCCAAAGUGAUAAACGAUGGCCUGUAUUACUACGAGCAGGAUCUAUGGACAGAGACAUUUGAGCCCGAGUAUUCACAAAUUAAGCAAGAGGUGGAGAACUUUAAAAAAGUGAACAUGAUCAGCCGAGAGCAGUUUGACACCUUAACGCCAGAACCUCCAGUUGAUCCCAAUCAAGAAGUUCCUCCAGGUCCCCCCAAAUUUCAGCAAGUUCCCACAGACGCCUUGGCCAACAAGCUGUUUGGUGCUCCUGAACCUUCCACCAUCGCCCGCUCCUUACCGACCACAGUCCCAGAAUCUCCAAACUAUCGCAAUGCACGAACGCCACGUACCCCACGCACCCCUCGAUUGAAGGAUCCUACGCUCACGCCACGGUUUUAUCCUGUUGUGAAGGAGGCCAGAUCGAUCGAUGCAAAGACGCCAAGAAAAAGGAAAACACGCCACAGUUCUAAUCCACCCAUGGAGUGCCACGUUGGGUGGGUGAUGGACUCCAGGGAACAUCGACCUCGAACUGCCUCUGUGAGCUCCAACGCUAGCCCUUCGGAGGGGGCUCCAGCUCUGAGCAGUUUUGGAUGUACACCUCAGUCUCUGCCAAAGUUCCAGCAUCCUUCCCACGAGCUGCUGAAGGAGAAUGGAUUCACACAACACGUUUACCACAAGUACCGCCGACGUUGCCUUAAUGAGAGGAAACGGCUAGGCAUUGGCCAGUCCCAGGAAAUGAACACACUGUUUCGAUUCUGGUCCUUCUUCCUACGUGAUCAUUUCAAUAAGAAGAUGUACGAAGAGUUUCGACAACUCUCUGUAGAGGAUGGAAAGGAAGGAUACAGGUACGGUUUGGAGUGCCUCUUCCGAUACUACAGCUAUGGUCUAGAGAGAAAGUUCAGAGUGGACAUUUUCCGGGACUUCCAGGAAGAAACCAGGAGGGAUUAUGAAACGGGUCAACUAUAUGGGCUUGAGAAAUUCUGGGCCUUUCUGAAAUACUCCAAAGCCAAAAACCUGGAUAUUGAUCCAAAGUUGCAGGAAUACCUGAGCAAGUUCCGACGGCUAGAGGAUUUCCGAGUAGAUCCCCCAAUUGGAGAGGAUGGAGGAUCUCGAAGGCGACCCUCCUUGUCAGGAGAAGGCAGAAGAAGGUAUCCUUCACAGUCUUCCAGCAAAGGAUCCAGUCAUCAGUCCCAUUCAGCAUCCCACAACUCCAAGGAGGAUGUCAAAGGCCAAAGCCAACCCUCCACUGCCACCCCGGAUUCCCAGACACCGGGUGGGGAGAAGUAGCAUGGAUCUAUUUGGAGAGAUGGAGGGUUUUGGGGAGGGAACAUUAGGGAAAUUUCCUUAGUGUGGAGGGAGGUGAUGGUUCAAACUUGGUAUGGACCCUCUACUACCUUUAGGGAAAUGAUUCUGCUUUAAACAGAGACUCCUUAUUCUGGAGACAAUGGACUGUUCCCACGGCUUACCUGCCAGGGUGGCGGAUGUUCAUCCUGCAAAGGAAGAGAAUCUUAGUUUGCUUUAGGGGUAUGAAAUUUUAGGGGUUUUUUUUCCUACCUUCUAGCAGGAACCUGGAGGAAAGGGCUGGAGGAGUUGGGAGGCAGACAUUUUUUUCUUUUUCUUUCUUCUUUUAUUUUAUUUUUUUUAAAUUAUUGAAUUGCUGCCCUCCCUCUACGCAGGGGUGGCCGAACAAGUGCAGGACUCAUCUCUCCUGUAACUGCUGAACGGACAAAGCAGAGGUUUGCUGUUACAGGCUCGGGAGGAUGAAACAUCACCACUCCUAUCUGCAUCUGAGCUACUUGUAUUUCACUCUAGACUCCGCCCUCUUCAUCUUUGGCUCUUGGAUGGAUUCCUCCCCUGGACACAACUGAGGAUCCGACAAUCGGCCAUUAAGGAGGCGCUGCUGCUUUCUUGUGGCUUCUGUACUACAGCAAAACCUUUUAAACCCCCUUGGCACACAGCCCACUGCUUUCACCACAGCCUGCAUCUUACUUUUAUUUUUCUUUUUAAAGAUAUAUAUAUUUUUAUUUGUUUUGUUUUAUUGUCACUGCAGACUGU